AUGUCCGCUCCCUACACUGGCGGCGGCAGUGGCGGCGACCACAUUGCGACCAACGCCACCCACACACAUCAAAGCUCUGCGUUCAAAGAGAUGACAUCGCAGCCGACCUCGCCCGAGCACGAAGAUGUGGAAAAGACACGCUCAAACACGACGGCUGAAGAGGAGCCGGAGCAGCUUCGACGAGCUCUCAAAACGCGACACAUGACUAUGAUUGCCAUUGGCGGUAUCAUCGGACCCGGUCUUCUCGUCGGUUCCGGCCAAGCUCUCGCCAGCGCAGGACCUGUGGGAGCCCUCAUCGCUUUUGCCAUCACGGGUCUGAUCGUCUUCUUUGUCCUGCAAGCUCUCGGUGAGAUGGCGACGCUGUUUGCCAUCCGCGGCUCCUUCGUCGAGUACGCCGGGCGCUUCGUUGACCCUGCGCUCGGUUUCGUUUGCGGUUGGGUCUACUGGGAGCUGUGGAUCUCGGUGCUCGCCAACGAGUACAACGCUGUCGCCAUCGUGAUUCGAUACUGGGACGGAGCGCAGGUCGUUCCGACGGGAGCAUGGAUCGCCAUCUUCUGGGUGCUCUUCAUGGGUCUGUCUAUGCUCGGCGUUCUAGCAUAUGGCGAGGUCGAAUUCGUACUUGCAACGAUCAAGGUCAUCGGCAUCGUCAUCUUCUUCAUCCUCAGCAUCGUCAUCAAUGUCGGCGGCAGCGGAGACCAGGGCUAUCUCGGCUUCCGAUACUUCCGAGAUCCUGGACCGUUCAACGGCACUGGCAUUGAUGCGCUUAACGGUAUCGCCAAGAUCCUCGUCGUGUCGGCAACGCUGUACGCUGGUACGGAAGCAACGGCAAUCACAGCUGCCGAGGCCAAGAAUCCAAGACGCUCCGUUCCUAUCGCCAUCAAGUCGGUCUUCUGGCGCAUUCUUAUCCUCUACCUCGGCACCAUCUUCUUCAUCGGACUCAACGUCCCCUCGAACGACAACCAGCUCGUCUCUGCCACCUCUAAGGCCGCCGCCUCGCCCCUGACCAUCGCGCUGCGUCGUGGUGGUAUCGGGGCGGCUGCAUCGGUCAUCAACGCCUUGAUCAUUCUCUCCGUCAUCUCUGCUGGCAACUCGUCGCUCUACAUUGCCUCGCGAACCCUUCAGUCGCUCGGUGCGACCGGUCGGGCGCCUCGCAUCUUCGGCUGGACGUCUGCCAAGGGCAAAGUGCCCAUUCCUGCCCUGGUGCUGUCGAACCUCAUCGCCCUCGUGUCGUUGCUCUCGAUCAACUCGGGCGCAUCAACCGUGUUCACCUACAUCAUCAACAUCUCUGGUGUCAGCACCUUCGUCAUCUUUGCCAUCAUCUGUCUCUGCCACAUCCGGUUCCGCCAGGCCUGGGCGCGACAGGGGAGGAGCGUCGACGAGUUCCCGUUCAAAGCCAUGCUAGCUCCGUGGGGCUCGUGGGGCGCGUUCGUGCUCAACGUCGUUUUGAUGUUCUUCCAGGGCUAUACGACGUUCCUCACGCCAAGGAAGGCUGCGGACAUCAUCGUCGCGUACAUCGUCAUUCCUGUCGCGGCGGCGCUGUAUAUCGGAUGGAAGCUGUGGCACAAAACCAAGAUCGUUAAGCUGGAGGAGAUGGACCUGGAUUCGGGGAGACGGCUCAUGGAGGACUACGAGGCGGAGGAAGCGGUCAAGGACAAGGCGGACAAGAAGUGGUAUAAGUCCCCGAAGACGAUCGCCAGUCGGAUUUUGUCUUAG